ACACAAUUAAGAUAGAAUAAAUAGGUAGACACUGUUAGGAUCGCAAGGUCAGAUUGUAAGCACCCUGAGGCAGGGAGCUUUUCGUUUUCGUUUGGACACUCUUUUGAAACGCCAUGUUCACUGAAAGUCUGUCAAUUGUGUUAUUUAUAUUCACAUGAUAAACAGCACUGCGUUUUAUAUUGCCACGGAUAUUUGGCUCUUGAAGCUUCGCUGUUUUUACUGCGAUACUUCAGGAGCGGAUGUCGCGCGCGCACCCACACGAGGGAAACUCCCCCGCUUUCAACGGUCGCUGACGGAUUUAACGUAAAUUAAAUAGGUGGGAAACGGCUUCUGAGGAACAGCAGCCACAGGAGUGUUUCCGGCGCCGUCUGAAUCUCCUCCCCCUUCCUCGUCGCGGCCUCAGUUUCCUUGCUGUGGGAGCCGAAGGUCACGGUAAGGCGGGAACUAAAUGGAGACAGAAAAUAUAAUAAGGUUUUUCUUCAGCCUGUUUUCCACAGCUGCCAGGUUACUUGAGGGAUGAAAGACGGGAAUUCCCGUCUUGGCCUAAUUCCGGCCGGCAGCAGGCAAGCACCUCCAUGACUACAUCAUCCGGCAUGCCUUUAGAGACGAGAAUGGCACGCUGGGAAUUGUAGUUUACAUGUGCUGUUCUGGUCUGCGAGGCUAUGUCGCGUUUAUGUGUUUAUAGUUAUGUGGGACGAGGGUUGGGCUUGGAAAGGAGCUUAGAAUUUCGAAGCGCCAAAGGCGGCCCUUUCUUUCCCGGGCCGAGCAAAACUGGUUGUGGGAGUGGAGUCGGAGCAGCAGGGCUGUUGUUGCUCAAUGCCUUUGGGUCCCGCCUUUUCAUUGUAUGACGGUCCUGCCAGUAGACUUCUCCCUGCUUCUCUCUCUCUCUCUCUCUCUCUCUCUCUCUCUCUCUCUCUCUCUCUCUCUCUCUCUUCCUCCCUCCGUUAUCCAUUUACGCGGCAGCUGCCGCUGCUAUUUUUCUCGCCCCUAUUUUGCCUUUGCGGGAGAACCGACCCCGAUUUUCAGUUCAGUGGGAUUUAGUCAGGGUUGGUUCCAAGGUGUAGCGCUGGGCUUUCCUCAGAACAUUUCUCGCCUCCACAGCUUCCAGUCACAGUAUGUUAAGGUACUUCGUAGCCCUGAUUCAAUUAUUGCUCCCCUGAUUCAGGUUGGAAUCCUUACCCGCGGAAAAUUCCGAGGAAGACCCCAGAAUUUUGAGGCUCUGGAAGGAGGAUACCAAAUGGGACAAUGCCUUCUCUUUUUGUAUUCAUAGGGUAUUAAGCAACAAGCCCAUUAGUAAAUCAACAAACACUCUCCUUUUUUUCUUUUAUGCUUUAAAAUGUUUAAUAACAGGAUGCUUGCAGCUUGAGCCUCUUCAGAUUUAUGCAGAAGUAAGAAAGAGGUUUUGAGGCACCCCUCUGCCCUCUCAAGACAAGUACAGUCAUCAUAACUACAACCUUAUACAAUUAUUUGGGGCUAAUUGAUGAGUCACUCCUGAAGAACUAGAUGCAGGAAGAGGGGAGCGAAAGGGCAGCAAAGCACUGACUUCACUCUCCCUCUGUUUUCUCCCACGUAAGAAAAGCCCUGCUGGCAAAAGAAUAUUGGUUUAUAGUUUUUAAGGAAAUAGAGGGAAUGACAAGACAGACCAUAGAUAUCGCCCCAAAGCUUGCCUUACUGAAUAUAUAUAUUGGAUAUAAUUAGACCAAAAAGUCAAGAACUUAAAGGACAUUUGUUGAUGGCAGCUUUUUAAACAGUGGCCGGGUGUUUGUGAAGCCUGAAGGGAGCCAUGAUGUACAAUUGGCUUGGAAAAGUUUGGUAAAUGGAACUUUGUCGAAAACCUGGCUUACAAACUGAAGCAGGUUAAAGGUCAAAACUGGAUAGAUGUAUGCCAGUUUGGUAUAAUUCCAUCACCUAUAUGAACAAAAAAGAAGAACAGAAAGCCACUGAAACAGUAUGGGAAGCCUGCAAACAGGAUUUGAGUGCAACAGCAUUCCUUCCACUUGUGAUUCCCAGCAACCAGUAUUCAGAGGCUUACUGCCUGUGACCGUGGAAGUAGUAUAUAGCCAUAAUGGUUGCAAGCAAUGGAUAGUCUUAUCCUUCACUAAUUUGUCUGAUCCCCUUUAAAACGACUGGUGACUAUCACUACAUCUUGUGGUAGCAAAUUCUAUAAUUCAUCUAUGAACUGUGUGAAAAAGUACUUCCUUUUCCCCAUCCUCAACUUUUCCAACACCAUCCAGCAACACUUUAAUCCCCCUCAUCUCAGGAGAGUAACUGUAAGCAGAAAGGCUGCCACAUUCUUCACCUAGUACCCCUCCUCACCUUGGGCAGUAGAGGACCCAGGCGCAUCACUGCCCCGUUUGCCUAAGUUAGUUAAAGAAAGUGUUGGUUCUUCUAUUCUGUUAUCUCCUCUUGUUAAUCUUUUGUGCAAAAUGUCAACAACAGAUAAACAAAAUGCCUUUUCUGCUUUCCCAGUGGCAUUAUAAGAAGGGAGAAGUAGCUUACAAUCCACCUGAGAAGAAAGAGAGAGAGAAAGAGAGGAAAAGAAACUCUUCCAUAUUUGGCUGCUGUGGUGUAGGUGGGUACACACCUGGAAUUCUUUUCAUAGCAAAUCACUCCUGGUUCACAUACUCUUUUUCCAGCCAUCCAGCACGUUCUCCUGCCAGUGCUGCACUGUUGGAAGCAGUAUGCCUCUGAAUACUUGUAUUUUGAAAUCACAGGUUGGGGAAUGCUGUUGUGUUCAGGCUUUGCUUGGAGGUUCCCAUGCAUCUGGUUGGCCACUAUGAGGACAGGAUGCUGGACUAGAUGGCUUUGGCCUGAUCUAGCAGUCUGUUCUUAUGAUUGAGGUUCCUCUGCCACACUAGGAAUGUUACAUAUGCCAGCUGAUGAAGGGCCAAACUUGAUCUUAUGUGGGAGUUCCAUGACUCAGAUGUCCCUCAUUUUUUUCUUUCUUAAAAAAUGAGGAUUAGGCAUCACAGGAGGGCUUCAAUUUGUUUACCAUAUAGAAAUAAGGAAUAAUGUGAUUAAGUGUAUAAAAGUGUAUUUCAUUAUUAUUAUAGGAUGGAGAGCACUGAGGACCCAGAAAACAGACUCCUCCUGCAGCCCUGGACUUCAGUCUGCUUUGAUGAGUCCACAAAACUGAUGAUUAAGGUUUGGUUUGGAGAUGCUGGCUAUGCCUUGCUCCUUUCUGACCUCAGCAGUAUGUGGUACGAAAAGGUAGAUACUGAGGUGAUACAACAGAGAUCAAAGGUAAGUAAAGAAUUAGGGUUGUGAAAUGUGCACAUGGUAUAUCCACCUCAGCAGCUAUUCUAUCAGCUCAGGCUUAAAAGAAACCUUAACAAGGCAAUUCUGCACAGACAAUACAUUCUUGUUUGUCACUAGCCUUGUUUUGUAAAUGUUCUGCAUUCUUACACUGCGACUGCUAUCCUAUCAGUAGGCACAGCCUCCAAAUCAGUAGAAGCCUUCACUAAAACUAAAAAGAAUCUCAAAGUGGCAUAGAGGGCUCAUCCACACUUCUGUUUGUCUCGUGAUUUCUAGUCGUGGGCCUGAGAGGUUCUUUUUAUUUGUCCCACCGCUUUCCGUGGGAGAACCUGCUGUUUACUUCUGAAUUGGAACAAACAUCAAUUGGAUUUUAUGUGAGUUAACUUUCAUUCCUGGGGAAAGUGGCAGGACAAAAAAAGAACCUCUUGGACCCAUGACUGGAAAUCACAGGACUAAUACUGUAGGUGAAAUCAUGGGACAAAAGGAAGUGCAGAUGAGCCCAGAGUGUGACUGGGGAUUUUGUGUGGAAGCAUCACUUCUCGGAAAUUUUAUUUUUCAUCUAACAUUGCAUUUAUAUUCCACCUUAUCUCCAAGGAGCUCAAAGUGCUGUUUAUGGUUCUUUCUAUUCCCAUUUUAUCUACAAAACAACCUUAUUAUGUAGGUUGGGCUGAAAGAGAGUGACUGGCCCAAGGUUAUCCAAUGAGCUUUAUGACUGAGUGUUAAUUUGAACCUUAAUCUUCUGGAUUCUAGUUCAAUACUCUUAAUGACUUCACCACAACCCAUAUCUAGUAGGUGUCUGUUAGCACUCAUACUUCCAUAUUCCAAGUUGCCAAUGAGUAGAGUAGAGUUUUCUCAGGUACAGGUUAUUGUACAUUGAAUGCUUAAAAGAUGCAAUAUCCUUGCAACAAGGGAAAGUGCUGCAGCUCAGUGGCAAAGCAUGCAGAAGCUGCCAGGUUCAAUCCCCAAUGGCUCCCUGUAGAGAUGGGAAUAUUACCUGUCUGAAAACCUGGAGGACUGCUUCCAGUCAGUGUACACAAUACUGAGUAACUGGACCCAAUGGUCUAACUCAAUAGAAGGCAGCUUCCUAGGUUCCUGACAAAACUAUUAGGAAAGAUGUGUAGUCUGUACAAAAGCAUUUUUUGCAAUAUUAGGUCUUCCGUUUUUAUUAUGUAUUUUUAAAAAAAUGUUCAUAUCUCUAGAGAUGGAGCACAAUAGAAAUAAACAGGAAACAAAUAAGCCUCAGAUGCACACAUAUUUUGCAGAAAUGCCUUUAGCGUGGUUUCUGGGAUCUUCUGGACAGCAGGUGUGUGCACACACCUUUCAAUGUUAUCCACUGGCAGGGUGGGGGUGGGGAAGAGGGAGGAGAUAGUGGGGAAACUCCUGCCCAGUCUUCUGUGGGCAUUAGUAAUUUUGCCCCCAUCUCUUUUUUAAAAAAAAUAACUUUAUUGAAUAAUACAGUCUCAUUGUAUUUUUUGAAAUCUCAUCCAGGAGCUAAAUAAGCGUUUGACAGCUCAUGUAUCCUCCUUCCUGAGCCGCCUGCGCAGUCUGAUAUGUCCCCUUCUGGAAGGAGAAAAGAGCAGUUCCACCAUCUUCUCCUGCCAGCUCAGCUCCAGCACACUGACUCUUCGUGUGAAGAGUGAGCUCUCAGGGCUACCCUUCUACUGGGAUUUCCGUUGUUCAGCAGCACCUGUUAAGAUGGUGAGUUGGCUCUUGGAUUGAGAAGGAAGGUCAGUGCUUCAGUGGAGUACUUCUUGGUUUCUGGAUCUUCCAGGGAAGGGAUAAAGAUAUUUGAGAGACAAUAAGAAACUCAGAUAUGUUUGCCUAGAUCUAAGAGGAUUCUAGGCACAGACCAGCAAAUGGAUUAAUGGAAUAAUUCUUAGCUAUUAGCUGAGAUGUUCUGAGGAUAUAGCUUCCCCUUCAUAGUCAUGGUUUUGGUUUCAGCCCUGCUUAUCAGUUAAUUGGCAAAUGCUCGGGAUCUGCUUGUUAUUAAAGUGUAGGAUUGUGUACAGUGGUACCUCGGGUUACAGACACUUCAGGUUACAGAUGCUUCAGGUUACAGAUUAAGGUUAAGAACAGUUUCAGGUUAAGAAUGGACCUCCAGAACGAAUUAAGUUCUUAACCUGAGGUAUCACUGUACUUGCAUCAGCCAUCACCUGCCAAAAAGCAGAUCCUUGUAGUAGAGUGUGAGACCUAAUACAAUGUGAGAAUUGGAGCCAAUUUCUUGAACACCUUAAUGCAGGGGUAGCCAAUGUGGUGCCCUCCAGAUGUUGUUGGGCUCAACUCCCAUCAGCCCAGGUCAGCAUGGCCAAUGGCCAGAGAUGAUGGGAAUUGUAGGCCAGUAAAUAUCUGGAGGACACCAUGUUGGCUACCCAUGCCUCACUUAAGGUGUUAUGCUGGUGACACUACCACCAAGCAUUUAAAUGGUAAAACAUUAACAAAUGAGUCCAUAAUGAAUAUUUGGCUGAAAGUGGGCCCCAGGUUUGAAAAUAUUAGACUACUGUUUUUUAGGCUGCCUGGAAACUAGAAAAUUGCAUUCUGUUUUUUUAAUGUUUGCUUUAGUGUCUCUGGAUGGCAUCUUAUUCUAUGCCAUCCUCUGCUCAGUUGCCGAGUGCUGCCUUCCUGCUCUGUAUGUUUUGUCUGUCUGUUUACAUAAUACUACUUAGGAUGUGGAAGCAGAUGUCGUCUUAGGACCAGCUUUGCUCAGAUAAAUGCCUAAAUGCUCUGCUCUCAUAUUAGCUGACUGGUUACAGUUUUGCCAUGUGUGCACCAGGGGGCACUGCAUACCCAGGUAACAUUCUCUUCUGACUGGCCUAGAGAUACAGAAUUUAGUUGUGUUAUUUCACUUGAGAUUUGUUAUUACUUGCAUCUCAGAGAGCAUGAGAGACAUACUUUUUUAAAAAGUAAAAUAACAGACAGCUGUAUAGAACCUAAACACCUUUUUGAGAUAAUGUAGCUUUCUAGGCUGGUGCUAUUUCAGAAGAGCACUAGCACUUGGGAGUUAAUAGCUAUUUUAUCUAUUGCUUAUGCAUCAUUCUGCAUCUCUUGUCAGCUGUCAAGUGUUUGAUGGACCUUGCACUUUUAGAUAUUCUACUGAGUUAUGCUACUGGGUUACUAACUCAAGUAUUUGUUUUUUGCACUUUUAUGCUGUGAAAUGUAACAGCUCUGCCUGGGGAAAGCUGCCUGGGCAGGUUGAUUGAGUUCCCCUAUGUGGCAUAUCUCUUCUUUCUUCCCUGUCUGGCAGGCAUUGGUCCCUAAAUGUUAGAAUCAGUUGAGAACUGAGUGAUCCAGGGCUGCCCAGCUGCAUGCCAUAGCUCUUCCACAUCUAAUUUAGCUUUUUCACCACUUACUUUAUGUCUCGGAUCAGUGGCGUAGCGUGGGGGGUGCAGGGGGGGGCCGGCCGCACCGGGCGCAACAUCUGGGGGGCGGCGCACUCGCAGCUCUCUGCCCCUACUAAAAUCCAUGGGUUAGGGGGCGCAAAUUACUUGCCCUGCCCCGAGUGCUGACAACCCACGCUACGCCACUGUCUCGGAUGGUGUAUGCAACCAGUAUUUUGGCUGACAGUUGAGGUUGUUCUUGUUUCCCAAGGUGGGCGGAUUUUCUUUUAUUCCGAUUAAAACAGAGCUAAUUAGGACUUUUUAGGGAGCAAGCAUAUUGUUCCAAAGUCCAUAUUCCAUGAUGGCAAGUACAGCUCAAGAAUCCAUAGAGUAUUUCAGACCUUGAUGCCAUAAUGCUUUGAGGGUAAAUAUUUAUUCUGCACCUUGAUUUUAACAUCUCUCUUUUCAGCUGCAGUGUGAAAUAUAUGUUUCAUGUGCCUUGCUUUUUCUCAUGCAGCUUUCUGGGAGGUGCUGGAACAGCAGAGACUAGGGGCUCAUACAGACUUGCGCUUGCCCCAUGCCUAGAAAGCAUGGGUUCAGGUAGUUUUCUGCUUGUCCCAAGCUUUCUAGUCAUGGAUCCAAACAGUUUUGCCCUUGUCCUACUGCUUUCUCCCGGAAAAUCCAUUCUUUUGCAGUAAAUCAGAGUAAACAUCAUCUAGAGAAAACUUGAAAGACGUUUGCUCUGAUUCAGCAGUAAACAUCAGAUUCACUCAGGGGGAAGUGACAGGGCACAGGCAAGACUGGAUGAGCUCUAGGUCUGAAUUGCACGUUUCUCACUCAAAGUCCAGCAUGAGCUUUUAUUUUUAAAUGACCAGGUUGAAAACCUUGUUGCAGAGCCCUCUUGUGGCAAACAACAAAAAAGGCAGAGAACUCUGCUACUGUAGUCUGAGGACCAUUAUAGAUCAUGGCAGUGUCCCAAAUAGAGUUUAUGGCAUAUGGCAGAGCUUUUCCUUCUCAUUUGCAAAUAUACAUUUGCUGGUUCUUAUAGUGUCCCUCUCUGAAGGGGAUGGAGCGGAAGAUAGUGUGUGGCUUCAUUGGCACUUUUGUCAUCCCUGUGCUUGGUUUAAAUGACCAUGGCUGGCACCAGGCCCUUUACUCUCAUUGCUGCUUGUUGACCCUUGCCCUUCUUUUCUGUGCCCUAUGACAGGUGUUCCACCACCUUGUGCAGCCCCUGAUGGCGAUGAGCUUGGUGUUGCAGAGUCAAGUGCAGGAGCUGGCAUCUUUGUUGCUCCGAAAGGAUGCCGAGAUCGAAGACUACCGGGAGAGUGGGGCUACUCUCAGUCGAGGUAAGGAGGGAGGGUGCUGCCUGCACUCUGCUCCACUUUGGGACACAAGCUUUCUUCCUUCCUUCCUUCCUUCCUUCCUUCCUCAUGGCUGGCACCGAGCAUGCAGUCUUUGGCCAUUAGCCAUCCUGACCUGGAUUUCACACACAGCUGCUCCAGACUAUUAACCAGAAGCUUUGGGGUCAGUGCCCUGAAGGUGGAAAGAGCUGGACACUGACCAGUAGCUGAAAUGCUUGGGGGCUAGCCAAAGGGCUCUUUCCUUUCCUUUGAGCAUCUGGCUGCAACCCAGGAGGCUGGGGCCAGUGCCAGCUUGUAAAGGAGCUUGAGUGGAGUCAGGCUGUUCUUACUGCUCUGUAGAAGCUCUGCAAGCAUUUGGAGCAAAUGGGGGCUCCCCGAAUCAAAGAUCGGAAGGGACCACAAAGGGUCAUCUAGUCCAACCCCCUAUAAUGCAGGAAUCUCAACUAAAGCAUCCAACCUUUGCUUAAAAAACCUCCAAUGAAGGAGAGUCUACAACCUCCCAAGGGAGUCUGUUCCACUAUCAAACAGCUCUUACCAUCAGUUCUUGAUGUUUAGUUGGAAUAUCCUUUCUUGUAACUUGAAGCCAUUGGUUCAUGUCCUACCCUCCAGAGCAGGAGAAAACAAUCUUGCUCCAUCUUCUAUGUAGCAGUCCUUAAGAUAUUUGAAGAUAGCUAUCAUAUCUCUUCUCAGUCUCCUCUUUUCCAAGAUAAACAUACGCAGCUCCUUCAACCAUUCCUCAUAAGGCUUGGUUCUUCUUACCCCCUGCAAAGUUGCAGAUAAGCCUACAGGUGUUCUGUUUCAGAUACUUUUGGGGGUAGGGAGGGAUUCCAUUGCUGGCUGUUAAACCCCAGAGAAUGGAAAGAUUCAGAUUAGCCAGACAGGGAUUGGGUUGUGCCAGUGAUGUGUGUUCAAGGUUUAGUAUGUACUCUGGGACAGCAGAGGAAGCCUUGUGUUGCCCUGCUCUUCCUCUGUACAACCAUGUAGUGUGAUUGAUUGUCAUAUCAUCUUAAGUGUCCCCUUUUCCCCACCCCACUUGGUAAUUGCUGGGGAAAGUGGAUCGGAACUUCUAAUUUGGUAUGGCUUGUUCUUUUCUUUGCACAGUCUCUUUGAGCAGAUGCCAACCACUGUUCUCACUGAUUAUUUAUACAGCUUGCAGAUAUCUGCCACUUGUGAAAUGGGCCUUCACAAUUAUUCUUAUUCUUAUUAAUUGAACGCAUUACACAAAAAGGUAUUCAAGUGAUGUACAACAUAUAUAAGAGCAUGGGGUUUUAUUCAACUGUGCUAAGAAGUAGUUCUGUCUGGGCAAGAAUUUCUGCUUGCACAAUAGAACUUCCCUCCCUUCCCCCUGUGUGCCUCAAAAUCUGUUCUUGGGGUUCCCAACCCUCUGUAUCAGAUCUGGGGAAAACAGGAGGGGAAGGGGGAAGUCCCAUUGCGCUAGCAGUAAUCCUUGCAUUACAGAAAAAUGAGUAGAAUACCAAGCAUAGGAAAAACACAUUAUAAUAAAACACAUUUACACAAAGCCACACAC